AUGGCCGCAGAUGACAAACGGUCUCCAACACUGGACUCUACCAGUGAUCUACCUCAUUCUCCUAGUAGUCCGUCUCAUCUCACUCACUUCAAACCCCUGACUCCUGACCAGGAUGAGCCUCCUUUUAAAUCAGCCUACAGCUCUUUUGUAAAUCUCUUCCGUUUCAGCAAAGAGAGAGCAGAGGCAGGACAGAGUGAUCCACAAGCGUUGAGUGGUGGCUGGUCCAGUCCUCAGCAUCCCACCAGGGCUCAGUCUCUGAGGUCACCGAUUCCUUACAAAAAACAACUGACUGGUGAGCUGCAAAGAAGAUCUUCUACAACCCUGGACAAUCGAAGAAAAGUAGAACCACCUCUUGGAGGUCAUGAUCCUCGAACAGCAGUUCAGUUAAGAAGCCUGAGCACCGUUUUAAAGCGCCUCAAAGAAAUCAUGGAGGGGAAGAGCCAGGACAGUGACUUGAAGCAGUACUGGAUGCCUGACAGCCAGUGCAAAGAAUGCUAUGACUGCAGUGAGAAAUUCACCACCUUCCGGCGGCGGCACCACUGUCGACUUUGUGGGCAGAUCUUCUGUAGUCGAUGCUGCAAUCAGGAAAUCCCUGGAAAAUUCAUGGGCUACACAGGGGAUCUCCGAGCCUGCACUUACUGCCGCAAAAUAGCCUUAAGCUAUGCACACUCCACAGACAGUAACUCCAUUGGAGAAGACUUAAAUGCUCUGUCAGAUUCUGCAUGUUCUGUAUCAGUGCUGGAUCCUGGCGAGCCACGCACACCCGUUGGGAGCCGUAAAGCUAGCCGCAACAUCUUUCUGGAAGAGGAUCUAACCUGGCAAAGUUUGAUUCACCCAGACUCUUCAACUAGCACAUUGUCUGCACGCCUUGGCUCUGUCCAGGAGGAUGCAGGGAAGUCACCAGCUAGGAACAGAUCAGCCAGCGUCACUAACCUAUCACUGGAUCGGUCAGGUUCACCAAUGGUGCCUGCCUAUGAGACAUCCGUCAGCCCCCAGGCCAGUCGCACACAUAUGAAGGCAGAGACCAGCGAGGAUGAGCGCAAAAUCCUUCUGGACUCAGUCCAGCUGAAAGAUCUCUGGAAGAAAAUCUGCCAUCACAACAGUGGGAUGGAGUUUCAAGACCAUCGCUACUGGCUGCGGACACAUCCCAACUGCAUUGUGGGAAAAGAGCUGGUCAACUGGCUCAUCAGAAAUGGACACAUAACCACAAGGGUCCAAGCCAUUGCAAUAGGACAAGCGUUGGUUGAUGGACGCUGGCUAGAAUGUGUCAGUCAUCAUGAUCAGCUCUUCAGAGAUGAGUAUGCUCUCUACAGACCGUUACAGAGCACAGAGUUCUCAGAAACCCCAUCUCCAGACAGUGACUCUGUGAAUUCGGUAGAGGGGCACUCUGAGCCAUCCUGGUUCAAAGACAUCAAGUUUGAUGACAGUGACACAGAGCAGAUUGCUGAUGAAGGAGAAGAUAACUUAGCCAACUCCGCCAGCCCUAGCAAGCGCACUUCAGUCAGCAGCUUCCAGUCCACAAUGGACAGUGAUUCAGCCGCCUCCAUCAGCCUGAACGUGGAGCUGGACAACGUGAACUUCCAUAUCAAGAAGCACUCCAAGUACCCACAUGUACCCCCUCACCCUGCCGACCAAAAAGAGUACUUGAAUCCUGAAAACGGAGGGCAGCAGAUGUUCUCUAUAAGUGAUGCUUUUAUUAAAGAGUCAUUAUUCAACAGGAGGGUGGAGGAGAAGUCCAAAGAACUGUUUUUCACACCCCUAGGCUGGCACCACAGCAAUCUGGAUCUGCUGAGAGAAGAGAAUGGGGAGAAACAAGCCAUGGAAAGGCUGCUGUCUGCUAAUCACAACCACAUGAUGGCACUGCUUCAGCAGCUUCUGUACAAUGAGUCCCUGUCACUGUCCUGGAGGGAUAUCAUUGUACCUGUGGUCUGCCAGGUAGUUCAAACUGUACGGCCUGAUGUCAAGAACAGAGAUGAUGACAUGGAUAUCCGCCAGUUUGUCCACAUCAAAAAAAUACCUGGUGGAAAGAAAUUUGAGUCCAUGGUGGUGAACGGAUUUGUUUGCACUAAGAAUGUUGCACACAAAAAGAUGAACUCUUGCUUAAAAAAUCCCAAAAUUCUUCUGCUGAAGUGCUCAAUUGAGUACCUCUAUCGAGAAGAAACAAAGUUUACCUGCAUAGACCCUAUAGUACUUCAGGAAAGGGAGUUCUUGAAGAACUACGUACAGCGAAUAGUUGAUGUCAGGCCUAAUUUGGUUCUUGUUGAGAAGACUGUGUCCCGAAUUGCCCAGGACAUGCUCUUAGAGCAUGGUAUCACUCUGGUCAUCAAUGUCAAGCCGCAAGUGUUAGACCGAGUAAGUCGAAUGACGCAGGGAGACUUAGUGAUGUCAAUGGAUCAACUGUUGACCAAACCACGUUUGGGAACCUGUCAUAAAUUUUAUAUGCAAGUUUUUCAGUUGCCCAAUGAUCAGACAAAAACCCUGAUGUUCUUUGAAGGGUGUCCCCAGCACCUGGGUUGCACUAUCAAGUUGUGUGGUGCUGCAGAGUAUGAACUGGCCCGUGUGAAAGAGAUCUUGAUCUUCAUGGUCUGUGUGGCUUAUCAUUCCCAGCUGGAAAUCUCUUUCCUUAUGGAUGAGUUUGCCAUGCCCCCUACUCUGACCAAAAAUGCCUCCUUUCACUCCCUUAUUGAGGAACCAGGGGAUGAAAAUGAACAACAGAACCUCUUCAAUGGUGAGGAUUUCAGCACAGCAGUUAGAGACAUUGAACUAUCCUCUGAAAAGCUGCCUGUAAUCUCUGAGUCAGUGUCCUCUGAUGAGGUCAGCUUGCUUGAACAAAGAGGUUUAUUUGAGAGAGAUGACCAAGAGAACAGUCAACUGGAAACAGUGUCCUCAAAACAGCAAGAACAUCACAAAGUGGAGUCACCAUUUCCAGUAUUCAACUCUGUACCUCCUGCAAUACCUGAAACAUCCCUGUUGCCCCUUCAUGGCAUGGACCAGCACUUGGUCACUCUGGAUAGCCAGACACUAGAACCUCUUCAACAGGCAGAUGAUCUGGAGUCCAAGAGUCAGAUGAGAGUCUUCAGAGACCCUCUUCAGGAUGAUACUGGUUUAUAUGUCAUGGAAGAGGUAACUUCUUCUGAGGAUCGUCUCAAGACUUACUCUGCAGCAUUUAAGCAGGAGUUAAAAGAUGUCAUUCUAUGUAUUUCUCCUGUAAUGGUGUUCCGUGAACCCUUUCUUUUGACUGAAAAAGGCAUGAGGUGCCCUGCCCGGGAAUACUUCCCUGAGCAAGUUUAUUGGUCUCCUCUCCUCAAUAAGGAAUACAAGGAGUUGGAGAGCAGAAGGAAGAGACAAUUACUGCGGGAUCUCUCUGGACUACAAGGGAUGAAUGGGAGCAUCCAAACCAAGGCUAUUCAAAUCUUACCUUCUCACGAAUUGGUUAAUACUAGAAUAGCAGAACAUCUAGGUGAUAGCCAGAGCUUAGCCAGAAUGCUGGCUGACUAUCGGGCCAGAGGAGGGAGGAUACUACAUAAAAGCACAGAUCCUUUUGCCCAAAGUAAGGAUGUGUCUAACAUCCCUACUGGAAAAACUGGGUGCAGAAUUGAAGAAGAUGAGAAGGGACUGGCUCAGAGUGAAUCAUCAUGGUCUCAUAAGGUGGAUUGCCUGAGUCCAGUAAACCAUCAGAGGCUCUGUGUUCUCUUCAGUAGCUCUUCUGCUCAGUCCAGUAAUGCUCCAAGUGCCUGUGUUAGCCCCUGGAUUGUGACCAUGGAGUUCUAUGGGAAAAAUGACCUGACUCUAGGGAUUUUUCUGGAGCGCUACUGUUUCAGGCCUUCCUACCAAUGCCCCAGCAUGUUCUGUGAAACACCAAUGGUGCACCACAUUCGUCGCUUUGUUCAUGGGCAAGGCUGUGUGCAAAUUGUGUUAAAGGAGCUGGACUCACCAGUCCCUGGGUACCAGCACACCAUUCUUACUUACUCCUGGUGUAGACUGUGCAAACAGGUGACACCGGUUGUUCCCCUUUCCAAUGAUUCUUGGUCUAUGUCUUUUGCAAAAUACCUUGAGCUGAGAUUCUAUGGGCACCAGUACACUCGAAGGGCCAAUGCAGAGCCUUGUGGUCAUUCCAUUCACCAUGACUAUCACCAGUAUUUUUCCUAUAAUCAGAUGGUGGCAUCUUUCAGCUACUCUCCAAUCCGGCUACUUGAAGUGUGUGUCCCACUCCCCAAGAUCUACAUCAAACGGCAGGCUCCAUCAAAGGUUACUAUUUUGCAGGAUCUCAAGGAUUUCUCUCAAAAGGUGUCACAAGUGUAUCUUGCUGUUGAUGAUCGCCUUGCCUCUCUGAAAACAGAUACUUUCAGCAAAACGAGAGAAGAGAAGAUGGAAGAUCUCUUUGCCCAAAAGGAGAUGGAAGAGGGGGAAUUUCGAAACUGGACUGAGAAAAUCCAAGCAAGACUGCUUUCAUCAUCAUUAGACACACCUCAACAGCUGCAAUCUGUUUUUGAGUCAUUGAUAGCCAAAAAGCAAGGACUUUGUGAGAUGCUGCAAGCCUGGAAUAAUAGAUUACAGGAUCUCUUCCAGCAAGAGAAAGGGAGAAAACGUCCAUCAGUACCACCCAGCCCUGGGAGACUGAGGCAAGGUGAAGAAAGCAAGGUCAGUAGUGUGGAUGCUUCCCCACGCAAUGCUUCUCCAGCACUGCAAAAUGGAGAAAAAGAGGAUCGUUUCCUGGCUACUUUAUCAAGUCAAAGCUCUGCAGGCUCCACCCAUCUUCAGCUGCCCACCCCUCCAGAGGUUGUAUCGGAGCAUGUGACUGGUGCCAACACUCUGUCUGAACAGGAUACAACAAGCAGCUCAGAAGAUGUGUUUGAUGGACACUCACUGGGAUCUACAGACAGCCAAGUGAAGGAGAAAUCUACUAUGAAAGCUAUUUUGGCUAACUUUUUGCCUGGAAACAACUAUAACCCCAUUCCAUUUCCCUUUGACCCGGAUAAGCACUACCUAAUGUAUGAGCAUGAACGUGUACCUAUUGCAGUCUGCGAGAAAGAACCAAGCUCCAUCAUAGCUUUUGCUCUCAGUUGCAAGGAGUACAGAAAUGCCCUGGACGAGUUGUCCAAAGCAUCUCUGAAGAACAGUUCCGAAGAAGGACUACAGCUAAACAGCAUGUCAGACAGCAAACCAAAGAACAGUAGCCCUGUCCGCCUGCCUGAGGCUAACAUGGGUCCUUCAAAUCGCAAUGCAGAACCAGAACAGCCAAAGAAACCAUCUGGUGUUUUGUCUUUCUUCCGUGGCACGGGAGGGAAGAGCCCAGACCUGUCUUCCCAGAAGAAAGAGACCUUACGUGGUGCUGACAGUGCCUACUACCAAGUUGGACAGAUGGGCAAAGAGGGAGGAGAAAACCAAGGAGCAGAGCCUCAGGAUGAUGUAGAUGGAGGAGAUGGACAGAAGAAACAGCUGGUGAAUCCCCAUGUGGAGCUCCAGUUUUCAGAUGCGAAUGCCAAGUUCUACUGCCGGAUUUAUUAUGCUGGCGAGUUUCACAAGAUGCGUGAAGUGAUACUGGGGAGCAGUGAAGAGGACUUCAUCCGAUCCCUCUCUCACUCUAUGCCCUGGCAGGCCCGAGGUGGCAAAUCUGGGGCUGCAUUCUAUGUGACUGAGGAUGAUAGAUUCAUCUUGAAGCAGAUGCCUCGUCUGGAAGUGCAGUCGUUCCUUGACUUUGCUCCACACUACUUCACUUACAUCAUUAAUGCAGUUCAGCAGAAGAAGCCCACAGCACUCGCCAAAAUCCUUGGGGUAUAUCGAAUUGGAUACAAGAACUCUCAAAAUAACACUGAAAAGAAGCUGGAUCUGCUUGUCAUGGAAAACCUUUUCUAUGGCAGGAAAAUGGCUCAGGUUUUUGACCUGAAGGGCUCCCUCCGGAAUAGAAAUGUUAAAACAGACACAGGCAAGGAAAGCUGUGAUGUAGUCCUACUGGAUGAGAACCUUCUGAAGAUGGUCCGGGACAAUCCUUUGUACAUCCGUUCCCAUUGCAAGGCUGUGCUGAGAGCUUCCAUACACAGUGAUUCCCAGUUCCUCUCCAGCCACCUCAUCAUCGACUAUUCCCUGCUGGUGGGUCGUGAUGAUACGAACAAUGAGCUGGUUGUUGGGAUCAUUGACUACAUCCGCACUUUUACCUGGGACAAAAAGCUUGAAAUGGUGGUGAAGUCAACUGGCAUCUUGGGAGGACAAGGUAAGAUGCCAACUGUGGUCUCUCCAGAACUGUACCGCACCAGGUUUUGUGAAGCUAUGGACAAGUACUUCCUGAUGGUGCCAGACCAUUGGACAGGACUGGGCCUGAAUUGCUAAGCUAAAGCCCAUAUUGGGAAAGCACAAGAGAACAAUGACAUUAUAGGCCACUCUCUUCCUGCAGCCUGUCCAGAAGUAAGCAAGAGGAUUGCAGUUCCAUGUCUACACUGACCAUGUGCAUCACAUUGUGAAGUGUGAAAUCUGCUUGUUGCACUUUAAUCCUCUCUUGGAGGCUGAUAAGCGAGCCUGCCUUGCUAAGGAUCUAAGCUGUAAGGUACCAGUGAACAGCACUGAUAAGAGACAUUCCCUCUGUCAGUAGAGAAGGUGAUGCUGUCUCCAUGUAAGAGCACUGAAGCAGAUUCUAUCCAGUUCAUGAUGGUGUAAAAGUACAUGAUCUUUGUAAAUUUUGCACUGUCUAAGUGGUGUUGAAUAUGAGCAGCUCAUGUUUCUGUAGUGGAUGUGUGGUACUGCAAAUGCGAAAUAACUCCCCCCUCCCCUCCUGUGUAUGAGUGUGUGUAUGGGUGAGAGAAGAAUUAAGUUAAUUCUCGAGUUGUGCUGUUGUUGCAGUGGUCUGUAGUUGACCUGUUUUGGAUCCAUGAAUAACUUGUCCUCCUUU